GAGAAGCGUGAACCAAUUUUUAUCUUUGGUUUCGUGGCCAUUGUUUCUUUCUCUUUUUGCUUCACCAUUUUCAUUUGUUCUCGCAGAGCUCACCCAGCGGCACACAUGACUUUUACCAGAAUUUCCCAUUUCUCUCUCUUUUUCUCCUCUUUCUUUUUCCUAUCAUCAACCCUUUCUUCUCAUCUUUAUCCUGCUUCUGCAACUACUCCUGAAAAAGAUGGCAAAACGAGAUCUUUGUAUUCAGAAAUAUUAAGGGACGAGGCAGUUGCAAGGCUUAAUGAUCUUGGAAAGGUGAGUGAUGCUGAUGGCUACCUUGAGAGAACAUUUAUGAGCCCAGCUUCUGUGAGGGCAGGCUUUCUUAUUCGUGAGUGGAUGGAGGAUGCUGGUUUGAGAACGUGGGUGGAUUCUAUGGGCAAUUUACAUGGUCGAGUUGAGGGAAUGAAUGCGAGUGCUCAAGCUCUGUUAAUUGGCUCUCAUUUGGAUACUGUUGUUGACGCUGGGAUGUUUGAUGGGUCAUUAGGUAUAAUUUCUGCUAUAUCAGCAUUGAAAGUCUUGAAAAGCAUUGGCAAGUUGGGAGAACUAAAACGACCAGUCGAGGUUAUUGCAUUUAGUGAUGAGGAGGGAGUGAGGUUUCAAUCUACCUUUCUUGGCAGUGCUGCAGUAGCUGGAAUUUUACCUGUUACAGCAUUGAAGAUAUCUGAUAAGAGUGGUGUGACAGUGCAAGAUGCUCUCAAGGGAAAUUCCAUAGAAAUUACAGAGGAUAGCCUGUUGGGGUUGAAGUAUGAUCCUGCAUCGAUUUGGGGUUAUUUUGAGCUUCACAUUGAACAAGGACCUGUACUAGAAUGGGUUGGUUUUCCUCUUGCUGUAGUUAAAGGCAUAGCGGGACAAACACGAAUGAAGGUUACGGUGAGAGGUUCACAAGGACACGCCGGAACAGUACCAAUGUCAAUGCGUAGGGACCCUAUGGCUGCUGCUGCUGAAUUGAUUGUUUUGCUAGAAAGUCUAUGUAAACAUCCUCGAGAUUUCUUAUCCAGUGGCGGUAACUGCAAUGAGCAAACAUUAGAAUCGUUGUCCACUUCUCUUGUCUGUACAGUUGGAGAGAUCUCGACCUGGCCAAGUGCAAGUAAUGUCAUUCCAGGGCAGGUAACUUUCACUGUGGAUUUACGUGCAAUUGAUGAUGUUGGACGUGAGGCUGUUGUUUACGAAUUAUCUAAUCAGAUGUAUAAAAUAUGUGAUAGACGUUCUGUAUCUUGCAUCAUUGAACGGAAGCAUGAUGCAAAUGCAGUAAUUUGUGAUCAAGAACUGAGUUCACGGCUAAAAUCUGCAGCUUACAGUGCUGUCAACAAAAUGGUAGGGCAGAUUCAUGAAGAGGUUCCAGUGCUAAUGAGCGGAGCAGGGCAUGAUGCGAUGGCCAUAUCUCAUCUAACCAAGGUUGGAAUGCUGUUUGUCCGGUGUCGGGGCGGCAUAAGUCACUCCCCGGAGGAGCAUGUAUUGGAAGACGAUGUUUGGGCAGCCGGUUUAGCAGUGCUAGCAUUUCUUGAGUCCCAUAUGUAAUUGUAACAUUCAACAACUUACGUACACUAAAUGCAAAUGGACUUUCUUCUUCAAUAA